AGCCCACCCCUUUUCUUGGAAACGGAAUUCGAUUGCCACUUUAACAUACUUUAACAUAAAGUGGCAAUCCACCUACACACGAACUAAAGCUGAGCCCAGGCAAACCACCGUAACUCUAGCCCGGCUCCAAUGGCGGCUAUACCACCGUUGGUAGCGGCGGCCACCUCCGCCUCAGCCUUCACCAAUCUCUCGAGGUCACAUCCUUUAGCUCGCUUAACUCAGUUUCAUCUCCGGCGAAUAAUCACGGCCUCUCUAUCCACUUCCACCAGCUACAUCUCUUUCGUGCCUUCCAAACCUAAUCCACCCUCAAAAUUGAGAAACGGCUGGGAGAUCGAAGCAGAUGAACUGUUCCACAUCCCAGGGAUCGUUCGCGACGGAAACAGGAACCGCGCUCUUCAGCCAACCAGUCCGGUGCGUCGUCUCCACACGGUGACAACUGAGAAGACGAGCAGUACGAAAAAGAAGAGCCAGAGCACUUCUAAGUAUUCCAAAGCUGCUCGCCGGUUCUAUAACGAGAAUUUUGGAGACCCUCCGCAACGCCUUAGCAAAAUCCUUGCUGCCGCGGGAGUUGCAUCAAGACGGAGCUGUGAAGAACUGAUUUUUCAGGGGGGAGUUACUGUGAAUGGUUCCGUUUGCAAUAUUCCACAGACCAGGGUUGAUCCAGCAAAGGAUAUAAUUUAUGUUAAUGGGAGGCGUAUAUCUAAGAAAUUGCCUCCAAAGGUUUACUUUGCAUUGAACAAGCCAAAGGGGUACAUUUGUUCAUCUGGCGAGAAAGAGACCAGGCCGGUCAUAUCCCUUUUUGAUGAUUUUCUGAAGAGCUGGAAUAAAAAGCAUCCAGGAGACCCUAAACCGCGGCUAUUUACAGUGGGACGCCUUGAUGUAGCAACAACUGGCUUGAUUAUUGUGACAAAUGAUGGAGAGUUUGCUCAAAAACUUUCACAUCCCUCAUCAAAUAUGUCAAAGGAAUACAUUGCAACAGUAGAAGGGGAGGUCAAUAAAGGACACAUGAAUGCUCUCUGUGAGGGAACAACCAUUGAAGGCGUCCAAUGUAUACCAGAUCUUGUGGAAUUACUACCAAAACAGCUUGGUAUCUCUAGGCAUCGCCUUCGGAUAGUGGUUCACGAAGGAAGAAACCAUGAAGUUAGGGAGAUUGUUAAAAAUGCAGGACUCGAGAUUCAUGCACUGAAGCGUGUGAGAAUAGGCGGUUUCAGACUUCCAUCAGAUCUUCCGCUUGGGAAGCACGUUGAACUCAAACCAGCUAAUCUGAGGACGUUAGGCUGGAAGAAAUAGGAAUGUUAAUUUCACAAGCGAAGGAAAGGUCCUUAGUAUUAGUGUGUAAAAAUUUAUGGGGACUAAUUUUCUUCCGAACCCGCUCUUUGGAGGACAAGAGGGCGGCGGGACUAGAGGAGGGGAGUGAGGACACAGCCGUGUGGUUAGGUGGUUGGCGGAAAUACGCAACCAGUCAUGGCGGUGCUAGCACUAGUUGGCGACAUUAGACACGGCGGAGGAGGCUGCCAGGGGGUGGCAGCCCAGUGGCGGAUGGGUUCCGGCAACGACUUCUUACCUCCAUCAGUACUUUUCACUUCUUCUUGCACACUAAAUUUUAAGGGCCUUUGGGUGUUUUAAGAGAAUAUGUAUGAGGACCUUUGAGUUGUACUCCAAAACCUAUGUCACCGGUGUGGCUGGGUGACCUGGGAGUUGUUUUUUGGAUAAAAGUAAUGGAAAAUGAAAUAAGAUUAAUAUU